AUGUCUGAAAGUAAGGAAAAAGCCUCUCAAGAAAACUGGAGAAAGCCAGUGAAAAGUAUUAAACUUGUAGUAAAGAAACGAACGCGAAAAUCAGAGGAUAAAUCGUCAAACAUUUUACAGACAAGAAAUUUGAACACCGAGGAAGAAGCCCUGCCAGCAGGUCAGUUGAAAAGACUUAAUCCAUUUGGUUGUUCAGCAAGCAAGAAAGCAAAUAUCGCGAGAGUUUCAGAGAAUGAAGAAAAUGUUAAAUUAUUUAAUGCUUUGGAACAACCUGUAUCUAGAAAUAUAUUCUCAGAUAAAACUCGUAAUGAAAAAUCUACGCAUGGACUUGUGUCUGAUGUAGUUGGCCAUAAUUUAUUAAGUCACAAGACUCACAAGGAUACUGAUAUUCUUAAUGAAGAUGAAACUAAGGCUAAUGUAAAGCGACUAUGUGGCACAAAAUUGUCUGCUGAUUGGAGUUUGAAAACCAGAGUUCGGUUUACAUCAUCUCGCCCCUUUAACUGGUGUUCUAAAAUGCUUGGAAAGCAAGAAGCUAGAGGGCUCUGUAAAUUUGUUCAACACCAAGACCCAAACAGCGAUGAUGAUUCCACAUGUUUUCAACAGAACAUUUUGUAUUGGAUUCACCCCAUACUACCAUGGCUAUCCCUCUUCCCUCGGUUAACAUCUGACAUGAAGUUAACCAGCAAAGUACCAAAUGUUGCUGAAAAUCAAGAUAUUGCAGAUGCCUUACAAGCCAGCUGGUGCCAAAGUUUUCGCUCGUUGUUUAAUCUCCUCCGUUGUGGCAAUUGUGAUUAUUUUUAUCUCUGUUCGGCACAGUUCACAGUCCUGUUCCGAGCUGCAAUGAUUGGGGGUGUGGCCUCAACAUCAGCAUAUGUCACCCCCACAACCAAGGGAAUAAGGGAAGGUUUUGAUAAAGAAG